ACGUGGGAGAGAAGGGAGGGUUGGGGGAAGUGUGGAAAACCUGAACCCGGGCUGCUGUCGCCUGAGGAAGAUUUGGUGGGAGGAGAAAUAGAGGGGAAGAGACAGGUUGAGGGUGAGGUGAGGAGGACAUCUAGGUCGCUCCUCCCGGGGGUCACAAAGUUCGCGAUGUGGCUGAAGCCUGAGGAAGUGCUUCUGAAAAAUGCGCUGAAGCUGUGGCUGAUGGAAAGGUCCAACGACUACUUCGUGCUGCAGCGGCGUCGGGGCUACGGGGAGGAAGGCGGAGGGGGGCUCACAGGGCUUCUGGUUGGGACUCUUGAUUCAGUCUUAGACUCUACUGCUAAAGUAGCUCCAUUUCGCAUCCUACACCAGACCCCAGAUUCUCAAGUUUACUUGUCAAUUGCAUGUGGAGCCAACAGAGAAGAAAUAACCAAGCAUUGGGAUUGGUUGGAACAAAAUAUCAUGAAGACCUUAUCUGUAUUUGAUUCAAAUGAAGAUAUUACUAAUUUUGUACAAGGAAAAAUAAGAGGAUUAAUUGUUGAAGAGGGAAAACAUUGUUUUGCAAAAGAAGAUGAUCCUGAGAAAUUUCGAGAAGCCCUUUUGAAAUUUGAAAAAUGUUUUGGUUUACCAGAGCAGGAGAAGUUAGUGACCUAUUAUUCAUGCAGUUAUUGGAAAGGACGGGUUCCUUGUCAGGGUUGGCUUUACCUUAGCACCAACUUUCUGAGCUUCUAUUCUUUUUUGUUGGGAUCAGAAAUAAAACUCAUUAUCUCCUGGGAUGAAGUCUCAAAACUUGAAAAGACUUCAAAUGUCAUACUGACAGAGAGUAUUCAUGUGUGUUCCCAAGGAGAGAAUCACUACUUUUCAAUGUUUUUGCAUAUUAACCAAACAUACCUUCUUAUGGAACAGCUGGCAAACUAUGCCAUUAGAAGACUUUUUGAUAAGGAAACAUUUGAUAAUGACCCAGUCCUUUAUAAUCCUCUACAAAUCACCAAAAGAGGUCUAGAAAAUCGAGCCCACAGUGAGCAAUUUAAUGCCUUUUUUAGGCUGCCCAAAGGAGAGAGUUUGAAAGAAGUACAUGAAUGUUUCUUAUGGGUACCAUUCAGCCACUUCAAUACUCAUGGGAAAAUGUGCAUCUCAGAAAAUUAUAUCUGCUUUGCUAGCCAAGAUGGCAAUCACUGUAGUGUAAUCAUUCCACUACGAGAGGUCUUAGCUAUAGAUAAGACAAAUGAUUCCAGCAAAUCUGUCAUCAUUAGCAUCAAAGGAAAAACAGCUUUUCGCUUCCAUGAAGUUAAAGAUUUUGAGCAACUGGUGGCAAAACUCGGACUCAGAUGUGGGGCAGCUUCAACUCAAUAUCAUGAUAUUAGCCCAGAGCUUCCUAUUUGUUCUGAGUCUACAGAUCCAUCUAAUAAUAUUGAGGUGCAAUCUUUGACAAGUCAGAAAGAAUGCAGUAAAACUGUGAGCACUGAAGCCUUGAUGACAGUAUUUCACCCUCAGAAUUUGGAGACUCUUAAUUCUACAAUGUUGAAAGAAAAAAUGAAGGAACAGUCAUGGAAAAUACUAUUUGCAGAAUGUGGACGUGGUGUUAGUAUGUUUCGAACUAAAAAGACUCGAGAUCUUGUUGUAAGAGGGAUUCCAGAAACCUUAAGAGGAGAACUCUGGAUGCUUUUUUCAGGUGCUGUUAAUGACAUGGCUACUAAUCCUGGCUAUUAUGCUGAAGUUGUUGAGCAGUCCUUAGGGACCAGCAACUUGGCUACUGAAGAAAUUGAACGUGAUUUGCGUCGCUCUCUGCCUGAGCACCCUGCCUUUCAGAGUGACACUGGCAUAUCUGCUCUGAGAAGGGUACUCACUGCUUAUGCAUACAGGAAUCCCAAAAUUGGAUACUGCCAGGCAAUGAAUAUUUUGACUUCAGUGCUGCUUCUAUAUGCAAAAGAGGAAGAAGCUUUUUGGCUUCUGGUUGCUGUAUGUGAACGAAUGUUGCCUGAUUAUUUUAAUCGUCGAAUUAUUGGUGCCUUGGUUGAUCAGGCAGUCUUUGAAGAACUUAUCAGGGAUCACCUUCCUCAGCUGACAGAACACAUGACUGAUAUGACAUUCUUUUCCUCAGUUUCUCUCUCAUGGUUUCUCACACUUUUUAUUAGUGUGCUACCUAUUGAAAGUGCAGUGAAUGUGGUCGACUGUUUCUUCUAUGAUGGAAUAAAGGCUAUUUUGCAACUGGGAUUGGCAAUACUUGACUAUAAUUUAGACAAACUGCUGACUUGUAAAGAUGAUGCUGAAGCUGUGACAGCAUUAAACAGGUUCUUUGACAAUGUCACCAAUAAGGAUAGUCCAUUGCCUUCAAAUGUUCAGCAAGGUUCAAAUGUGAGUGAUGAAAAAACCAGUCAUACUAGAGUGGAUAUUACAGAUUUGAUUAGAGAGUCAAAUGAGAAAUAUGGUAAUAUUCGCUAUGAAGAUAUACACAGUAUGCGCUGUCGAAAUAGGUUGUAUGUGAUACAGACCCUAGAGGAAACAACAAAACAGAAUGUGUUGCGUGUUGUAUCACAAGAUGUGAAUUUGAGCCUUCAUGAAUUGGAUGAACUUUAUGUCAUCUUUAAGAAAGAACUGUUUUUAUCUUGUUAUUGGUGUUUGGGUUGUCCAGUAUUGAAGCAUCAUGACCCCAGUCUGCCAUAUUUGGAACAGUAUCAGAUUGACUGCCAGCAGUUCAGAGCGUUGUAUCAUUUGUUGAGUCCCUGGGCUCAUUCUGCAAAUAGAGACUCACUAGCUUUAUGGACAUUCAGAUUGUUGGAUGAAAACUCUGAUUGCCUUAUAAACUUCAAAGAAUUCUCCUCUGCAAUUGACAUAAUGUACAAUGGAAGUUUUACUGAGAAGAUUAAGCUGCUUUUUAAGAUACAUAUUCCUCCAGCUUAUACUGAAGUGAAAUCUAAGGAUGCUUCAAAAGGAGAUGAACUUUCCAAGGAAGAAUUACUUUAUUUCAGUCAGCUCCAUGUUAUGUCUUCUCUUCUAGUUUCCAAGCCUGCAAAUGAGAAGGAAGCAGAAUCAGCAAAACAUAGCCCUGAAAAAGGCAAAGGGAAAAUUGAUAUUCAAGCAUAUCUAAGUAAAUGGCAAGAUGAGCUUUUCAAAAAAGAAGAAAACAUUAAGGAUUUACCAAGAAUGAAUCAGUCUCAAUUUAUUCAGUUUUCAAAGACCCUCUAUAACUUAUUUCAUGAGGACCCUGAAGAAGAAUCAUUGUAUCAAGCCAUUGCUGUUGUAACCAGCCUUUUACUCAGGAUGGAAGAAGUUGGAAGGAAACUACAUAGUCCUACAUCAUCAGCCAAAGGAUUCUCUGGUACUGUCUGUGCUUCUGGAAGACCCAGUGAGGAAAAAACAGGGACCCACUUGGAGAAAGAUCCUUCUUCUCUUAGGGAGGAACCUCAGUGGUCAUUUGCAUUUGAACAGAUUCUUGCAUCGCUGUUGAAUGAACCAGCAUUGGUGAGGUUUUUUGAGAAACCCAUAGAUGUAAAAGCCAUGCUGGAAAAUGCAAAAACUUCUCAGUUAAGGUCUAGAACCAAGAUGCAAAUCCCUUAGGAAUUACCUAUCAUAGACAAGUUUACUAAGAUUCCUAUAGCUGUCAGCUUGAUUCCAGUGAGUAGGGUUCAGGGAUUUAUCUUGUUACCAAUGUGACUGAAGGCCAAAUAUAUAUAUCCAGAAGCACAAUGCAUCAUUCCUUUGUUGUUAUCUCAAAUUUUGAUAUUUGAGAUAACAACAAAUAUAAAUAUACUUUUUUAUAUUUCACAAUAUAUGCAAUAUCAGGGGAAUAUGCUAAAUGUUACCACCAGAGGGCAUAAGCAUAUCACUUUUAGUAAGGAAAUUACUAGCUUAUGUUGCUAUUUACAUAUGAAUUACUGAUGAUUUUGAAAAGAUGGUGUUAUGCUUGGGUGUUAGUGAGGCUGAUAUGUCAAUCAGUAAACCCUACUUUCCAAAUUAUCUAGAAGAUUACCAUUUGGGCCCUUGUUUUCAAGUUAUCUCACUGAAAUAUUAUUAACCUUUUAAAAUUAAUCUCAUUCGGUCUUCUAGUAAUAAAUGAUUUUUUAAGUACCUUCUACAGCCUUCCUACCUGAGGGUUUCAGAGGCUGCUGACUCACACUGCUAACUCUGUUACUGAUAAAAGCAAAUCAAUGACUCUAAACUCUGGGCUGAUAUAAAGGAAAAAAAAUAUUGGAUUUGGAUUUAAGCUGGAUAAAACCAGCCUUUUAAAAAACAGUUCAAUUAACUAUUAUAGGUCUUUCAUUAGACGGAUAAAUCACUAGAAAUUCUGGGCACUGCUGUUUGUGGCAUUCGUCUCAGAGUAGCUUAUGACUGCUUUGGUUCUAGCUUUAGAUUUUGGAUUCUCACCAGUCAUGUGUUAAUUUACAUUAGACAGUAAAGAAUGGUUACACUAAGACUGAAUUAUCAUAUUCAUCUGGCAAGCACAUAAAGUAUACUUGUAUGUAAUGAUUGCAAGGUAACAGAAUUGCUGACAUCUGUCUAAAAAGUUUUGACUAUCCAAUUUAGAGAUGGAAUUUCUAUAUACUUAAUGCUGCUUAUAUUUCAAUCAUUACACAGUCCAUUUAGAGAUGAUGGGUUUUGUUAGCACUUAAAUAAGCAAACUAUACUUGCCCACUGUUCUGUGCUAUUCCUGCCAAAAGCAAUUUAUUAAUCAAUUGACUUAGGAUAUUGGGGGAGAAAUCAUUCAUUGGAGCUUCUUUCUUUACAAAAGACUUCGGUUAUAAACCCUUUGACUUUUCUAGAUGCGAAACCAUGAAAGAGCAGACUUCCUUCAGAGUGACUCAAGAGGUCUCCCUUUCUUGGAGGAAAUUGGCAUAGUCAGCCUUUGGCAAGAAUCCACCGUGAACAAAGCUUAACACAUGUGGCUUCCUCGCCCAUAGAAUGUUAUUUUCAAAGAAGUUCAAGAAUUUUCAAGUUGAACCUUUGAAAAUUUCAUAAAUUGGGUUUAGCUAAUAAACACUUACUAGUAGUGUCUUUAAAAUGAUUUCAUCAACCUUGUCUUCUCAAGGAAACUACCACUUAAAGAGAUAGUUGAUAAACAUCUAUGCCUUUUCUCAGAAAUUAUUUACUGAACUAUGUCCAUAUUUUAGAGCUUAAUUAAUAGUUUAUAUGAAAACUAUCAUAUGUCUGCUAUUAUGCAAUGAUUCUUAAAUUAUACCGAAAUAGCUCUAGAAAGACACAUGGUUACAAAGGCACUAUUGUACACAUUUUGUUGAAUAUUUUGGCAGUUGUAUUUACAAAGAAGGGUACUUUCUUAAGAGCAUAUAUAUUAUUAACAUUUGAUAUGAUUUUAAAGUCAGAAUGGUACAGAUUACUAAGCAUUGUAUUUUAGCCUAGAUUAAUUAAAAUUGAAUACACAAAGAGAUUUUUGAGUUGCAAAAAUAUUAUAAAUGAAAAGCAAAAAGAAAACAUUUAUUUUCUGAGUCUGCAGGAGAAACAAACUAAACAUUAUAGUUUUAUAGCCACUAUCUUGUUAACCAAACAGGUUGUUCUUAAUAUUAAAAAUCUUAUGUGGUUGUGUUAAACUGAACCAGUUCAUUAUACCUUUUGCAUUAAAUGAAAUAUGUUAUAAGGUGGCUUUACUUGUCUUUAUAAAAAUAAAUAUUAUAUCUACUAAACAUGAAAAAUGGUUGACUUAAAAA